GCUUGUCUCCCUCGCCGCCCAGCCACUCCGCCGCACGAAAACCUCUUUCCCCCUCUCCUCUUCGUCGCCUGCCCCUUUUCUGGAACCUUCUAGAAGCCCUCAGGGCUCCGCCAUGGAGCCCAGGAGGCGGGAGCGCAAGUUCAUCGCCGUCGCAGGCGCGGCGGCGCUAGUCGCCGUCGGCCUAAACAUCGCCUUCUCCGCCGUAGCCGCCCACCGCCGGAGGAAGCGACAAGAGCUUCCAGGGUUUACUGCUCAACUCAACUUGUCAGCAGCUGAGAUUAAAAGAUUAGCUGACCGCAUCAUCGCUAAGGCGAAGGAAACAUAUGAUUCAGUGGCUGCAGUGCCCCUAGAUAAAGUCAGUUUUGCAAAUGUUGUUGCACCACUGGCAGAGUUAGAUGCGCUGCAAUUUCCUCUGGUUCAAGCUUGUGUUCUCCCAAGGAUGGUAUCAACAUCUGAGGAUGUUCGGAAAGCCAGUGCUGAGGCAGAGAAACGAUUGGAUUCUCACUUUGUGCUGUGCAGGCAGCGUGAGGAUGUUUAUCGUGUAAUAAAAGCAUUCGCAGUGAAAGGUGAAAGAAUAGGUCCUGAAGCAACAAGAUUUCUCCAGUGCUUGGUGAAAGAGUUUGAGCGCAACGGAGUAAAACUAUCACCGAGCAAGAGAAAAGAAAUGGAGAAAUUGAAAUGCCAUAUAGAUGAAUUAAACUUAAACUAUCUCCAAAAUCUGAAUGAUUUCACCAAAUUCCUCCUUUUAAACGAGGAUGAGCUAGCUGGAAUGCCCUUUGAGUUCCUAAAGGAUCUGGAAAAGGCUGAAGGGAAGCUGAAGGUUCCGUUAACUAGUUACCAUGUUACUCCAAUUCUCGAGCACUGCAAGGUUGGCUCUACCAGGAAGCAGAUUGCUGUUGCUUAUGGACAGAAAGGUGGGAAGGAUAAUCUAGGCAUCCUAGAAAAUUUGGUUCAGCUAAGACACAAGUUUGCUAGAUUGCUGGGGUAUGCCAACUAUGCUGAUUUUGCUAUUGAGCCCAGAAUGCCAAGGACAUCAAGGAAGGUCUUAGAGUUUUUGGAAGAGAUAUCAGAACAGUUAAGUGAUGUAGCUAAUAGAGAGCUCAGCAUACUCAAAGACCUUAAGAUGAAGGAGGAAGGAAAUGCUCAGGUCGGCAUGGAAGAUUUGUUGUACUACAUCAAAAGAGCUGAAGAAUUCAAGGUUGAUCUUGACAUUGGUGAAAUUAAACAAUACUUUCCUGUUAGCCUGGUCAUAUCUGGAAUGUUGAAGAUGUUUCAGGAUCUAUUCGCACUACGAUUUGAUGAAAGUAAGGAUGCUGAGGUUUGGCAUGAUACAGUUCGUGUGUUUUCUGUCUGGGAUGCAAGUUCAAGUGAUCUCUUGGGUUAUUUUUUUCUCGACAUCUUUGCCAGGGAAGGAAAGUAUGCCCACACUUGUGUUGUGACACUUCAAAAUGGAUGCUUGUGUUCUGAUGGUACACGUAAGGUUCCGGCUGCUGUGCUAUUAUCUCAAUGUCCAAAAGAGUUUGAUGGGAAUUCAGCAUUGCUGCGGUUCCCUGAAGUUGUCAGGCUAUUCCAUGAAUUUAGCCAUGUGGUCCAUCACAUAUCCAACAGAGCCACCUUUUCAAGAUUUUCAGCUCUCCGACUGGAGGGUGACUUCGCUGAAAUUCCAAGCCUGCUACUCGAGAACUGGUGCUAUGAGAGCAUUUCUCUGAAAAUGAUGUCCGGCUUCCAUCAGGACAUUACGAAAUCCAUAACUAGUGAAGCUUGCCAAUCUCUGAAAAGGAGGCGUGAUUUAUUUGCUGGCCUGAAAAUGAAACAGGAGAUCCUUUUGUGCCUUGUUGAUCAGAUAAUACAUUCAAGUGAGAAUGUGGAUAUUGAUGACUUAAUCAAGGAGCUUCAUCCCAAGGUAAUGUUGGGUAUACCUUUAUUGGAAGGGACCAGUCCAGCUUCAUGCUUUCCUCGUAUUGCUAUUGGCUAUGAUGCUGUGUGCUACAGUUACAUAUGGAGUGAGGUUUUUGCUGCUGACCUCUUUGUAUCAAAAUUUAAAGAUGACUUGCUCAAUCAGCAUGCAGGAUUGCGAUUCAGAAAUAAGGUGUUGGCUCCAGGAGGCUCAAAAGAUUCACUGGAGAUAAUAACCGACUACCUAGGAAGAGAACCAUCACUCCAACCUUUUAUUCGGAGCAGAACAAGGAACAGUUUGUGAGAGAUCAUGUAUAUGUAACCAUUAGAGUUUUUUUUAUUACUGUAACCAUUGAAGAUCAGAUGACUGAUGAGUUCUUUUUUGCGUGACAGACUGACAAUUAUGAUCUGUGUGCAAUUCUGAUACCCGACAUCA